AUGAAUACUGACCCUAUGAAUCCUAUCAAUCUCUUCGCUUUCGCCUUGCUGGACGAGCUUCAGCAGGAAUGUCCAGCCGACCGUGGCAGCAACACUGUGGUGAGUCCUCUAUCCCUCUUCCAGACGAUGGCGAUUGCUGCUUAUGGUGCCCAAGAGGGUAAGACACUCGACGGCCUACUCAACGUCACUCAUGUCGAUGAUUUGGAGAAGCUGUGUGAUAUUAGCCGCGACUUUAGUAGAUCUAAUGCUGAUCGUGAUGUUCUAUCCUGUGCUAAUGCGGUCUGGUCGAGCCACCUUACUGAGUCCUUCACAGAUGAUGUCAAGGCCAAUUUGAAUGCCGAGGUCUUCCCUGAGGCACCCCACAAGGACAUUAUCAAUUCCUGGGUCGAGAGAAAGACCAAUGGUAUGAUCGAGAAUCUCCUCUCAGCUGAUCCGCCUGAUGGUGCGACUUUGGUCAACGCUGUACAUUUCAAAGAUCAAUGGAAGACGUCGUUCAUGAAGUCAUUCACUAAAGAAGCCGACUUUCAUACUCAGCAAGAAGGUGAAGCGUCCAUGAAGGUUGACAUGAUGGUUGCUGCAAGCCCAUAUGGAGAUACGAGGCAGAAGGGUUUCGAUUACUACGCUGACGACAAGGUGCAGGUGGCAGUGGUUCCUUAUGCCCAUGACGAUUAUGAUGCUGUUAUAGCGUUGCCAGCUGAAGGAGUAUCUGUGGAUAAUUUUGUGGCGCGUGACUUUGACGUUUGGUGUGAAGGUAUGCAACACAACAAAGAGGGCAGCGUUUCGUUCCCCAAGUUCAAGGUGGAGUAUGGUGUACGAGAUAUGACAAAGCUUUUCGAGCGUAUGGGGUUGGUGUUAGAUGGCGACUACAGUAAGAUGGGCCCUGGCCUUGAAGUGGGUUCCGUGCUUCAUAAGGCUGUUAUGACAGUCGAUGAGGAAGGCACUGAAGCUGCAGCAGCAUCGGCUAUGAUGAUGCUUACGGCGAUGCCUAUUGAUCCUCCUUUCCAUAUGGUCUGCGAUAGGCCUUUCUUGUUCAUAGUUAGGCAUAGACCUACCAAUAGCAUCGUUUUCAUUGCUAAGAUUAAGGAGCCGACUCUGGUGUAA